AUGGCCGCCCGCCUGGCCUGCUGCCUCCUGCUCUGGGCCCUGCGGCCCGCGGGCUGCCGCUGUUCUGCGGGGCAGGGCGCGGGCAACCAGCUCGGCUGCACCGCCGAGCCGCCGCCAGCCCGGGACUCGCCCGGCCCGGAGCCCCGCGGGGGCGCCCCGCAGCCCCUGGCGCUGAGUAGCAUCGCUCAGGACAUGGUAGCUGUCCACAUGCUUAAGCUCUACGAGAAGUACAACCGGGAGGGGAGCCGGCCCGGCCACGGCAACACGGUUCGCAGCUUCAAAGGCAGGCCAGAAUUCUUGUCGCAGAAGCCCCUGUACUGCUUCAAUCUAACAUCCAUGCAGGAUUCAGAGAUGGUUCUUGCUGCCACUUUUCACUUCUAUGCCGACAAACAUCCUCGGCACCGGGAAGUGUUUUGUAAGCGAUCCAAGAACUCAUCGUGCCGCCUCCUACACCUGCCUCCCAUCCUGCGGCUCAACCUCAUCUUCCGAAGCAUCCCCCAGAAUUCUGCCUAUGGACAACUGAAAGGGAACAUCACUGUAUUUCUUCAAAGGCGAGGGGCUUGGCAUGCCAAGGAUAUUUCACAUAUCAUAAAAGAAUCAAAACGAUCCGCAGAGCUUAUCCUCUGUGCUGAGCUUGAUUCUGGGGAGAAACACCAAGGCUUCCCUGAACAGGUCUCCAGUCAUUUGCCUUACAUACUGGUUUAUGCCAAUGACCUUGCGAUCUCUGAACCUAACAGUGUGUCUGUCACCCUACAGCGUUAUGACCCAUUCCCUUCCAAUGAUGGGGAUCGAAGUCUGUCACCUAAUGCUUCUGCUGAUACUCGAGUCAGAAGGGAUACUUACCUUUCUAGUUCUAUUCAGAACAAUGAAUUGCCAGACGUAGAGUAUAACAAUAAAUACGAUAAGCAUGACAUAUGGAAGAAUGCCUACAAGUCCUUGAAGCCAAAAGCCUCUCGUAAAGACCGAAGGAGAAAAGGACAAGAAAAUACAGAAAUGCUUGCAAAGUCUCAGGUGCUAAACUUUGAUGAGAAAACAAUGAAGAAAGCAAGGCGGAAACAAUGGAAUGAGCCUAGGAUUUGCUCAAGAAGAUACAUGAAAGUUGACUUUGCGGAUAUUGGCUGGAAUGAAUGGAUCAUAUCUCCCAAAUCUUUUGAUGCCUACUACUGUGCAGGGACAUGUGAAUUUCCAAUGCCCAAGGUUGUCAGACCAUCAAAUCACGCUACAAUCCAGAGCAUCGUGAAAGCAGUGGGAAUCAUUCCUGGCAUCCCAGAGCCCUGCUGUGUUCCUGACAAAAUGAGCUCACUCAGUGUCUUGUUCUUAGAUGAGAACAAAAACGUUGUUUUGAAGGUAUACCCCAAUAUGUCAGUUGAAACUUGUGCCUGCCGAUAAGUUCAUACAAAUACAUCUUCAACAACACCUACAGAUCCUGCCUGACUGCACUGGGAAGUUGUAAAUGGAAAAUGAAUCCUCUUGAGUUGACAGAUGAAUGCAAGUCUACAAUUCUUCUGCAGAAGGUGUGUAAAGAGAAAAGAAUAAUACACGUGCCCACCUGAAAGGAUAUGCCUCAGUACCAACAUUUGACUUGUACAUUCACCUUCCAGGCAUUCAAUACUUUUACAAAAUUUUCCUAACCCACCUAUCCAAGACACGUUGGUAUUUAGUGAGAAAAUUAUAUGUAAAGUUUUCCAUAAUCAAAAGACUAAAACAUGUUUUUAUAUGCUAUUUCUACUAUUUUUAUCUCUUCGAUUACUUAAGAAGAUGGGAAGUGAACUUGCAAAUUAUAUUAGAAUAUCACUUCUGUACACAAAAUAUUUUGCCUAAAAUACUCAUAAUCUGCAUAUUUAUACUGAAAAACAUGCUGUAAUAAAGGGCUUAAUAUGUAUAUUUUCUUCAGGAAGCAAGUAUAUUACACUGUCAUAGAAUCAUACAAUCAUGGAAUUGUUUGAGUUGG